AUGACGGCGGACAAACCGAGGACAGUCCCGCCAAAACAGCCCUACUGGCGGUAUCACAGCACUAGUUCGUCCUGUGGCCUGCAGCAGCUUUCUCCCACCUUCCCACAUCGCUCUGUGGUCCCCGACGCCCCUUGGCCCGGCCGGUCGAACUGCUUUCCUCAGUUCUGGAGGCUGGCUCUGGAGGCUGGCUUCUUGCACUGCACUGCACUGUAUUGCAACUGGCAACUCGAAGUCCGGGGCAUCAGGAGCAGUGUCGACACUUGA